CCGUCCCUCUUCUUCUCUGGGCGAUCCUCUUCCUUCGCCGAUGGCUACCAACCUCCUCUCUCCCACGAUCCUUCCGCCUACGAAUCCGCGUCUCCGCCGCCCGCUCUCCCUCGCCGCACGGGCCUCUUCUCCGGUUCCCUCCUCCGGCGACGCCAAGCGCCGCUGGUGGGCUCCACUGUUCCGCUCGAUCUUUGGGGACAUGCCGGUCUCGGACGAGGAACCGAAGAUUGCCGGGGAGACUGCAGAUGGGGCGACGGAAUCCUCAGAACGGAGGCCGAGGCUGACGACAGAGAAGGCGAAGAUGCUGCGGCGGGAGAUGAGGGCGACGGAGACCUUCCACGACGCGAUGUACCACUCCGCCAUCGCUUCUAGGCUCGCUUCCCCGGACCAAGAAAUCUGAACUUUUUGCCGUUCCGCACGGCUGCCUGUUGUGAUACGAUUGAUGCUGAACUUGGUUUUGGUAUUUGAAGAUCGAUGUAAUAUAUUGGAACGAUCGGCCAAAAAUCUCAUCGAAGUGCGUUUUCGUCGAUUUUAAAUCUUUUGCUUUUCCGUCAUCUUUUCUACAUUGUGAUUGUUCUCUACGAUACCGAAAAAUCUCAAAUUUGUUGAUGCUAGAACGAUCA